AUGGAGACCGCGCCCUACCUGCGAGAGCCUCACGUCGUGCUGCCCAGCGAGUCGGUCAUCACCGAGGCAGUAAAGUGCUUUAAUGACGCUGUUGAUGAAGCACUGCAACCCAGCGUUCGAGAAAGCUACUUACUUCCAGAAAGCCGUCGCGAGGCGGUACGAGAACAGUUGCGUGCGACAGCUGCGGCCCUUGAAGAGCUCUUGCGUAAGAACUGUGUAGUUUUCGCUCAAGUUCAGGCGUCCUUUCCGGAAGAAGAAGAAGACAAUGAGAUUCGUGGAAAAGUGAAAACGCUCGAGGCCCUUAUUAUUGAGAAGGAGAAAUACUUGCGGCGGUUACGAGCGGAACGCUGUGCCACAGCCGAACAGUUGGUCAGAGCACAGGCCGAGCGACUCGCCCAGCAGGUGACUGCGUUACAGGCCGAGGCAGUAUUCUCCAACGCGCAGUUCGAGGACCUGGUAUCAGACAAUGAGUCUGAUACUGAACUGUCGGACGGGAGAAAACGAGCGCUUGAGGAGCAAGUCCUCCAACGCGUUGAGACGGUACGGAAACUUAUGUCUGAACUGCUCCAUCGUUUGCCCGCUCUGAAAGAUAAAGCUGAGCGACUACGCGAGGUUGCGCAGAGUUUCGGCGGCGUCGAACCAAGCGAAACUGAAAUAUUCAUCAAGGAGGACGUCAGCAACCUGCUCUCGUUCGACAUCUGUACAGAGAAUCUACGUCCCGAGCAGCCGAACACUGAAGUUGAAACCAGGUCCUCGCGAGCGAGUAAGGAGAGCGCUGGAGCGAUUACGCGCGCAAGACUCGCUGCGACCUUGCGUGUCUCUGGCAGCGUCACGCGAAUCCGAUAG